UUAUAAGUCGUUGGGGAGGGCGAAGGCGAGGCAGUGUGAGCUUUGCCGUCGUCAGGACUCGAAGUGUGAUUAGCCCGCGUGCGUGUAGUGUGUAGUAUACCAUGGCUGCCUCUCCCUCGAGCUGUCUCUUCGUCGCCCUCGCCCUCUGCCUCGUCGGCUCGUCGCGGGCGGUGAUGCACGAAAUCCCCGUCAGGAGCUGUGAUGGAGCAACAACGCCAAGCAGCCUUAAGAUGGAAUGCUCGCAGUUCAUUCGUGGGACUUGCAUACUCGAGAAAGGGCAAACGUAUAACCUUACAGCUGAGUUCACACCAGACCGAAACCUCCGAGAGGUGGAGAGCCACGCAGCCUGGAAGACGUGGGUCGAGAUGCCUCUGUAUGGGCACGAGAGCCAAGUCUGCAAUGGCAUGUACCUCACCUGCCCUCUGCGCGCGGGGCAAACUACGAGCUUCUCAUACCCAUUCCAUGUUCAUGAGUUCCUGAUGAGGCGGCGAUAUCCUGUCAUCUGGCGACUGAGGGACGUGGACAGCGAAGAGACGACGCUGUGUUUCGUUUUCGUUAUUAAAAUCUUGUAAGGACAACGCAGACUCACACUUACACACGCGCACACCCACUCAGCAGAAGAAGCUAAGGAAUGUGACCAAAAAACAAAACAAAACCGGCGUGGAGAGUAGAGUAAUUUCGAAAAUGUGUUAAGUCGGAGAAGAAGACAGAAAAGAGUGGAAGAUAAGGCCAGUCUACGUUUUCGAAUAAAAAGAAAAAGAACAAGAACAACAAAGAGAAAACGCCAGUCUGCUUCUUUUUGUCGAGUCAUUUCGAAGUGUGUUAAACAUGAUUACAGGAACAAGGAAUUAAGAAAAUGAAGAAACAAUAAAAAUAUGAAGAUAAAUACCGGAAUAUGACCGACUAGUCUACUACAUAAAAUUUAAGCAUUGAAGAGAUGGCGAUAAUAUUGUGAAAACGAGAAGAAAAGUGUUUCUCAAAACAAAUGAAGACAGAGAAGCGAAUGUACAAAUGCACAUCGAACACAUUAUUUAUUAACCAGACCGGUGAAGAAUUUACCGCCAAAGCACGGUAUACGCUUGUAAUUAAACUUGUAUUUAAUAAAACUAAAAGAUGAA